AUGGGAUUAGGUUCUUUUUUCGGUGGUAAUAAAUCAACAACUACAGAUGAUAAUGUUACAACUGCAACGAUAUCAAAUGAUCCAGCAUCGCAAAGGAUAAAAGCUCAAAUUCAACAAGAAUUGGCUGUGGCAAAUGCUACUGAGUUAGUAAAUAAUGUAAGCAAGAAUUGUUUUGAGAAAUGUUUGAUGGCUCCUUAUUCACAAUCAAAUGAUCCUUGUAUCGAUCAAUGUUUAGCAAAAUAUAUGAGAAGUUGGAACGUUAUUUCAAAGACUUACGUAGCAAGAAUUCAGAACGCUUCAACUGCUGGUGAAAUAUAA